UAGGUAGUGCUAGGUAGAAGAAAGGAUAACACAACACAGGAGUAAGGAGUGUUUUGCUUGCGUUGCGAUUUGCGAACCCUGUUGUGUUGUGUCACUGUUGAAACUCGAAACCCCUCUCCUCCUUCCUCCCUUCAACGCCGUGGAAGAAGAAUAGAGUCUGAGUCUCCGUUAUGUUCCGCAGAAUCUUGUCCCAUCAUCGCGCACUCUCAGCCUGCGCCCACAAUGCAACAACGCGCUCACUCGUUACUCGCCGCACCCCCAAUGUUCCACCACCACCCACCUUCCUAAUCACAGGAUCAAGGCCCGUUUCUUCCAAAACAUCCCAAUCCAACGAAACCGGUGAAACCACCAAUAAGGCUAAAAAGGAUGUGGCAAACGUCGAGGAUCCCUUUAGUGCCCCUACUUAUAACAUUCCCGAGAAGCCUGUCACGUUCGUGGAAGGGGCUUCCUACGGUGUUGUCAUUCUUGCGGGGCUCGGAAUCGCAGCUGCUGCAGGAUAUGCUGUUUUCAAAGAGCUUAUUUUUCAACCUAAAGAGUACAAGAUCUAUAACAAGGCUCUCAAAAGAAUUCAGGAUGAUGGUCAGAUACGAGUAAGGAUUGGAUUUCCAAUUACUGGUUAUGGUCAGGAGAGUAGAAAUCGAGCUGCUCGCCAAAGAAUUCCUCACAGGGUAUGGACUGAUGAGGAAGGUGUCGAGCAUGUGGAGGUUAAUUUUUAUAUCCGGGGCCCCCAUGGACAUGGAAAAGUAUUUGCGGAAAUGUUCAAAGGCGCUGACAAUGAGUGGAAGUUUACUUACUUGAUUGUUGAGAUUAGAGCACCAUCUACCGCACAAAUAAUUCUGGAGUCAUACAUCCCAUCUUACAGUGCAACCAAGUAGCCUAAAUGAUAAAAAGGUCUUUAAUAUUUGGUCCAUUACUGGAGGCUGCAUUUUUCAGCUAUCAGCAUUGACCACCUUAGCCAGUCCAUGUUUCACAAGGGAUGGGAGUUGAAAGAAGGAAAGAUAAUUAAAGAAAGUCAAAUAAUGUGAAAAACGGGAUCCCAAGUCUCAGGUUCAGUAUUUUUGUUUUUCCAUUUAGAACCUGCAGAUUUGAGCAAAAGUUUUGGGCAAGGAUCUUAGUAAUGAUGAUGACAAGAGCAAUUACUUUGUCCUUGACAGCUAUUGAGAAAUCCGUCUACCAAUUUGUUGUUAUUGCUGACAAUUCAACUUGGCUUGGUUUGUGAAAGUACUUUGAGUAGCUGGUUGUAGCAUGCAAAUUUUUAAGGAUGAAUAUAAGGGGAUUGUAGCCAAAAACCAAAAUUGAUAUGAAUCAUAUAAGAUUGAUAUCUGAUUGUUACCGGAGAGAUGGGAAGAAUGUUAGACUAAUUUCAACUAUUUUGACACACCAACAGGAAUUAGUAUGUGCUAUAAAACUACUCGGAAAAUAAUGAAUCAAGUUUCUAGCAUGCA